GCUGCGCACACACAUAGUAGUAGGCGGAGGCAGCGAACCACACACGGGCAUUGGAGGGAACCCCAUCAGCUGUAGUGGGCAGCACACUGCUUUAAUUACUUUAAUUUAACGAAACGAUACGUUAUUUUUUGCUGGGAAGAAGAAAUGCUUACAUUGGAUCUUUAACACCCGGAUUGCAUUAUUCUGUCCCAAACAAAGCGAUAAAAAGGAAAACACAUUGCGCUGAUCAGGUGGCUCCGGGAGCAUGGAAUAUUUUAUGAUGCAGACUGAAAAGAUGCCGUCCUUGCAACACUUCAAGAAAACGGAGAAGGAUGUUAUUGGAGGCCUUUGCAGCCUUGCCAACAUCCCCCUCAGUCCAGAGACCGCACAGGACCAAGAAAGACGGAUUCGUCGGGAAAUUGCGAACAGCAAUGAGCGACGACGAAUGCAAAGCAUCAAUGCUGGAUUUCACUCCCUCAAAACACUGUUACCACAUGCAGAUGGAGAGAAACUGAGCAAGGCGGCGAUCCUACAGCAGACAGCAGAUUAUAUUUUUACUUUGGAGCAGGAAAAGACACAGCUCCUGGCUCAAAACAACCAGCUCAAACGAUUUAUCCAGGAGUUCAGCGGUUCAUCUCCAAAGAGAAAGAGAGCAGAAGAGAAGGAUGAGGGCAUUGGGUCCCCAGACACACUUGAUGAGGACAAAGUGGAUGAGCUGAGGAGAGAGAUGCUGGAUCUACGACAGCAGCUUGAUAAAGAACGCUCAGCCCGGAUGCAACUGGAGGAGCAGGUGCGUACCCUGGAUGGGCAGCUGCACCCGGAACGUCUGAAGGUGAUCACACAGCAGGUGGAGGAGGAGCAGGCGCUGCUGCAGAGCCAUACUCUGCUACGACUGCAGCAAAUCCACGCACUGGACAGACAGACAGCACAGGUGCGUGCUCCUUCAGCCCCUCCCGCCCCAACGCAUCACCCCACAGUGAUUGUCCCGGCCCCGACACUAACUCAGCCCCAUCAUGUCACCGUGGUAACAAUGAGUUCGGCCGGCCACACCAGCACUGUGUCCACGUCCAGACAGAACCUCGACACCAUAGUCCAGGCUAUCCAACAUAUUGAACGCACUCAGGAGAGGAGAGCCAGUGCAGAAGAGGAGCAGCGGCGGGCUGUUAUUGUUAGCCCCAGUCAUGUUGCUUUGGAUGCCACAUGUUCAGAGACGGACACAGACACCGAGGGAGAGGACUGCUCAAUGAACUGAGCGGUUUGUCCAUUGAACUUAACUACCAAACACUUAAUACUGAUUCACUGCAAGAGGGCCUUUGAAGGUCAACUACAUUUGAAAAACAAAUUUCUUUGGCAUUAACCAAACUCCAGUAAGUUCACCUUUGUCAUGUGGUUCUGCAAUGUGCAAAAUAUAAAAGUAGAAUAACCUUACAAAUAUCAAGAGAAUGCCAUUUAUUUCCAUCAACCAGAUUCAUAAAAAAAAAAAAAUCAGUUCAUGAACAUGUUACAUAAGGAUAUGGAACACCGACAGUAUUAUUUUACAAUGUCACUAAAAUAUAGUUUGAAUGUACUUACCCAUGAAGAAGGCGAUAUUAUCUCAUUUAAAAUAAUAUUUUUAACAAUAUUUUUUUACUGUCUGGUGCUAAAAACUGACAUAACUUCAGAUACUAAUGGGCCCAUUGAGAUCAGAUUUAUUUCUAUUGAUGAAUAAAUACUUACUUUAAAUGGUGAAAUCAAGGAAGCUCUUAAAAUAAGCUAUUAAGCAACUGGUUUAUUUGAUUUUGUGAAUUCUGAAAGCUAUAAAAUUUGACAAAUUAGUGGUCAUCUAGCUUUGUGAUGUUUUACAAGGAGAGACAAUGUUGCAGACUUGUCCGGUUAUAUAUGUUUGAUAGAUACUGUUUGCAUGUAGAGUUCUGUUUCCAACAAAAUUUGGUCUUAAUUUUCUUUAGUGACUAUGCACUAAACCGUCUUGUAUUUAUGCAUUUGGAUCUGCAUUAUGUUUGUUGGAGUAAUUUAUGUUUGAAGAAAACUAUGCACCAUAGGUAGGCGUGCAUACCUACAAUGUUCUCAUGAAACUUGACAUCAUAAUGCUGAAGAAUGUAGGCUGAAAUAGGGAUACAGUAAAGUUUAAACGGUGCUUUUUACCAACUUGGAGUUUGGCACUUCAAGGCCCAUCAUGACUACUGUACCCUUCAGUUGGGUCUAUAAAUAUCUGGACAGUGGCCCAAGUUUUAUCUGUAUAUUUGAACUUAUUGUGCAUGCAGUGGUGUUACUGAUAUGUGCAUCUUGACAGCUUUAAUUUGAGGGUAUUUUUGUUCAAAUUGGAGGAAAGGUUUUUGAAGCUGCCUCAAAGUGUUUAAAAUGAACAUUUUACGGUAUAGUAUCAAUUUUCUUGCCUGUCAUCACAUUUCAGGGGUUCAUCAAAUAACUAAGCAAGUAAGGUAUAUCUAAAAUUGUCAUUUUAAAUCCUUAGUUGGCAAUGUCUGCCUGAAGAACUGGGUGCUCUUCUCUGACAGAUUUCUUAAAUGUCCAGUAUGUCCUUUUGAUGUCCUGAAAUACAGACUGCUUAAUUAUAAAAAACAUAACUUGAAUUCCUCCACUGUGGAUUGUAGAUGCACACAAAUUAAAGUAGAGAUUCAGCACUUUAUGACCAUACAAAUAACAUAACUGCUGCUUGAAUAAGAUUGGUAAACGUAUAUAAAACCAAAAGUUGGACCACUCUUCAAAUAGUUAAAAGACCCAGCUGCAUUUGUCAUUGUAAUGUAACUUCUGACCAAGCUUCAAUUUGUUUUUAAGAAGUUGACAUCAAGCACUGCACUAUAGAUCUCUUCUGUGGGUUUAUUUCUGAAUGUGCCCAGUUUGUCCAUCUCAUGUUGUUUUGCUUGUCACAGAAAUUUGACUGGAAAACCGUGCCCCGCUCCUCAGUUUCUUAAUGCUGUAAACAUUCCAUUGAUUUGGAGUUAGACCUCUGAUUUUUUAUGUUUUCUAAUUGAACGCAUGUUGCUAAAAGCGGCCUUUUGUUAUUUUGUCUUACUGCUAAUUUUUUUUGUGAUCAAGACUUUGGUGUGAGAAUUCUUGACACUUGCAUUGGGUUUUGUAGGCUUUUUCUUUUCUGAUGUUUGUGAAGCUUUGCUUAAAGUGGUCUAGUUUACUGACCAAUGCCAGUCUAUUAUGUUGUUUUUCUGAUUGGUCACUUGAGUAUUUCUUCUUCAUUAUUGACAUGUUUGCAGAACUGCUGUCAUAAAUGAACUUGGAUAUGAAGCACUUGCUGUUCUGUACUGCCUGAAUCAACGGUCAAAAGUGAAUUUGUCCAUGUAUUUUUGUAAGCUUUUUGCUGUGACACGUUUUAACACCUUUAUUGUGGUUAUCAUUGUCUGUCUAAUUUGUGUUUUGGUGACAAGCAUUUUGUUUCUUUAUUUUGUCCAGGAUGACAAGAAACUGUUAUAUUUUUGUUUAUUAAAAUUGGGUAAACUCACUUUUGUAAAAUUGAAAAAAAUAAAAUAAAAUUUGUACUUUUUUAUUAGA